CUUCCGCCUCGGUCAUAAGGAAAGUUGAACUCUUCCUGCUUUUUACCUGCAGUAAAAAGUAGGAUAUGCAUACACAUCCUUGCGAAGUAUUCCGUAUUAUCAAUAGAGGCCAUGGAUGCAGCUGAGGRGAAGAGUUUGCUAAACAACUAAUCUGUUUAGAAGCGCAGUGUAAAAUACAGGCAAGGAAGUGAGGCGGGCACUUGAAACUUAAACGAUUGUGGUGUUUUGGAAGUUCCAGUCACUCCCUAAAUCGCCUGUUAACAAUGGGAUGCUGUGGCAGUUCAGAGCAAAAGCAGCGCGAGUGGAAACCAUUGGAGGAUCGAAGCUGCACGGAUAUUCCAUGGCUCAUCAUAUUCRCAUUGUUCUGUAUCGGAAUGGCCUGUAUCGCUGGUUUCUCCAUUUCCACGGGAGCUGCAUCCAGGCUCAUCUCUGGCUACGACAGCUACGGUAACACCUGCGGUCAGAAGAAUGGCAAGAUCGAGGGGGUCGAGCUCAGUGGCCGGGAUCAGACCGACAACAAGUAUGUCUUCUUCCUGGACCCCUGCAACAUUGACAUCCUGAACAGGAAGAUCAAGUCCAUGGCCCUCUGUGUGUCCANAUUGAAGUCCUGUUCUUUGACCUUUUCCAGGUAUGUCUUCUUCCUGGACCCC